UGGACGAUGAUAUUCAAGUGUCGGACAAACUAAAAGUCAACAAAGCAAAAGUUUACUAAAAAAAUUAAAAAAAAAAAUUUUAAAUUUAAAGAAAGCUUGGAAGAAAAAAAAAGUCGGGAAAAGAACAAAAUUUUAAAAACAUUUACAAUUUUCGGGAAAAUUUCUAAUUUUUGUUGAAAGUGCUUAUACACAGUACUUAUGGGAACUUUAUAUGAAUCAUUUGCCGUUUACAUAUUUUCCCAUACGCAUAUUGAAAGUAUUUUUAGCCAGGCAUGCCAACGAUGCCAAUGGGAUAAAGCCAAAAUGUUUUGAGAAAAAAAUUUUCUAAUUACGUUUUCUAAUCUACAAACUGUAUAAAUCGCAAAAAAUAUUUGUUAUCACGCGGCUUUGAAAAAAAAAACAUUAAUUAAAAAAAAGAAAACAAUAAAGUAAUAAAAAUUAAAAAAAAAAAAACGUUUAAGAACAUUUUUCACAUACUUUCUCCCAAAAGAAUUUGAGUUAUCAUUUGAAAAAAGAAAGAAAAAUUGUGGGAGCCCAGCUACUUUCCUAACAGCGCUCUCUUUCUCUCUCUCUCUCUUCGAAAAACUUUCUAAGAACUCAAGCAAAAAUUCUCAAAAAUAAAACAUUGAUUUUUUUUCAUUUUCCCUGUGACUAACACAACUCAAUUUAAUGGUGCCAUCGCCCACCCCCAUGGCCCCCUGACAAUUAGAAGAAAAAAAAAACACCAAAAAUUAAACUUCUGAUGCCUACAAAAAACAAACGCGGCAGCUAGCCUGUGUAUGAUUUUUCAUUUGUCUAAGGCAACGUAAUUUUCGUCAUCAGCCUUACAAACGCCACAUUGCCGUUGCUGUUGUUGUUGUUGCUACGGUUGAUUGUCUCUUGUAUAGGCCAAGUUCUCAGUUUCGGUUUUCCCACUGCCGCCAACUGCCACCAUCAAAAUUGGCAGUAGUUGUGGCAGAAGGUGGCCAUAGCUGAUUAGUGUGCUAUUGGCGCAAAUAAAUAGAGAUAAACUUUCUUCCAUCUCCAAUAUACUGAGAGUGUCUAUGUGAUUAUGCCAUACCAUUGAAGCAGCGAACUGAGUAAAAAUUCUCUGAGCACUCAUACGGGAGGAUAAACGAAAUCAUCUGCAAAAUCUCAUCGAAUCUCUUCGAGUGAAUCGUUCGAACAUCGUUUUGUGCUUAGAUUUUGGGGACUUGAGUGUUUGACGUGGGAAAAUUGGAAAAACAGUUUGUUCAUAUCUAUCGGGGAGCGUUGUUCGUUGUUCGCCUGAUAUUUGUGAAUAUUUGCGGCGAAAUAAUUUGUAAAAUUUGUAAUCCGUCCAUGCCAUGCGCGAUAAAAUAUCCCAACUAUUUUGCUUGCCAAAAAACGCAUGCAAACAUAAUUCAACAGAUAAUAGAGGACAAAGUGUGCCAAAUAAAGCAACGCUCAAUGGGGGGACAACGUGUACCAACGGUUCUAUUGGGCCAGAAGGGCCCGAAGCGACAGAGACCGACUCAUCAGGGACCGGGGGGAUGCGGAAGUCGUUGGAGAGGAAGGGCUCAGCGCCGAACGACGCUGUUCACCUCCAGAGACGGGUGGGACUCUUCAGUGGGGUGGCUUUAAUUGUCGGGACCAUGAUAGGGUCUGGAAUAUUUGUGUCACCUUCUGGUCUACUAGCUAGAACUGGUUCCGUUGGUGUAAGCUUUAUAAUAUGGCUUGCCUGUGGUGUGCUCUCCCUGAUGGGUGCCCUGGCAUACGCUGAAUUAGGUACUAUGAAUACAUCGUCGGGUGCUGAAUGGGCAUAUUUUAUGGACGCAUAUGGACCAGCCCCGGCGUUCCUAUUCUCAUGGGUAUCCACUCUAGUCUUAAAGCCAUCGCAAAUGGCAAUAAUUUGUCUCUCAUUUGCACAGUACGCCGUCGAGGCAUUUGUCUCCGAAUGUGAUCCACCAAUGUCGGUUGUUAAAAUGGUUGCAUUAGUAGCAAUAGUGAUGAUUUUGUUUGUUAACUGUUAUAGUGUUAAUUUGGGCAUGGCGGUCCAAAACGUAUUCACCGCAGCCAAACUGGUAGCUGUCCUCAUUGUCAUAUGCGGCGGUGCCUGGAAACUCAUCCAGGGCAAUACUCAGCAUCUGGCAAAUGCAUUUAAUGGACCCACACCCAAUGUGGGAGCUGUGGCCACAGCUUUCUAUACGGGUCUAUGGGCCUACGAUGGUUGGAACAAUCUCAACUAUGUCACCGAGGAGAUUAAGAAUCCCAGCAAGAAUUUGCCCAGGUCCAUAGUGAUUGGUAUACCCUUGGUAACUUUGUGCUAUGCUCUCAUCAAUAUUUCCUAUUUAGCGGCAAUGUCACCCACCGAAAUGGUACAAUCCGAGGCUGUCGCAGUCACCUUUGGCAACCGUAUAUUGGGCGUAAUGGCCUGGUUAAUGCCUUUGAGUGUAACGGUCAGUACAUUUGGCAGUGCCAAUGGAACACUGUUUGCAGCGGGAAGAUUAUGUUUUGCUGCCUCACGCGAAGGUCAUUUACUGGAUAUUCUCUCAUAUGUCCAUGUACGCCGUUUGACCCCAGCCCCUGGUCUUAUAUUCCAUUCUCUCAUUGCUGCCGCCAUGGUCCUCUAUGGCACCAUAGACUCACUGAUUGAUUUCUUCAGUUUCACUGCUUGGAUAUUCUAUGGCGGCUCCAUGUUGGCCCUCAUUGUGAUGCGCUUCACCAAACCCAACUAUCCAAGGCCAUAUAAAGUGCCUAUUAUCAUUCCCGUUGUGGUCCUGGUGAUCUCUAUGUAUCUGGUGGUGGCACCCAUCAUCGAUUCACCCCGCAUUGAGUAUCUCUACGCGUUACUGUUCAUCUUUGCCGGUUUGAUUUUCUACAUACCAUUUGUAAAACUUGGAAUGACACCGAGAUUUAUGAACAAAGUAACAUUAUUCCUGCAAUUACUAUUGGAAGUUGUACCCACCUCCAGCAUGGCAUUAUUCGAUUGAGAGACCGCCACUACAAAUGAUGCCCAAAUUAAAACACCACAAACAGACAAAUGCAAAUGAAGGCAAACGUUUUUGUUGAAACAGACAAAAGGAAAAUGUUUGAAUAAUAAAGAUAAAUAGAGAGAAAACUAUAUAAUAGUUUUUGACACAAAUAUUCUUAAAGGAAAGCAAAAGAACUAUUUGAAAACCAAACAUUCAUAUUUAGAAAAGAAUUACAAAAAAAUAAAAAAUAAUAUAUAUAAACAAUAUUUAAUGCAACAUAUAUAUAUACAUAAAUACCAAACAACAACAAAAUACUAUAUAUUUUGUAGAUUUUAAGAUAAAACCAAUAAAAAGAAAAAAACUUAAAAAAAUCUUAAAAAAAUUGCAAAAUUUUGAGAAAAAAACCAAAACAGUUGCUUUUCAAAAAGUGGACGUUGCAAAAAAAAAAACAGAACUCACACAUACAAGAUAUAAUUUUUAAAUAUUUUUAGGCUUUGUUGUCAACACCCAAAAGAAAUGAGAACCAAAAAAAUAAAAAAGGAACAAGAAUUUUACAAAGUUUUUUAUAAAUAUUUAUUUGGAAAAAGAAUUUUUAUUCAACCCCACAA